UAACAUUGUGCCUCCGAUCUUCACACCGACUGAGCUAUCGUCCGUGCGCCCGCGCCGUUCUUUCGUUCCAAUUUCAAAGUUCCCUUUUUCAUCAAUCGUUCUAUAAUGCCAGUAUUUUUUACAUUUAAUUAAAACUUUUUUUAAUUAAAUACAGAUAAUAUGUCUUGUUAAAGUGUGGCUAGUGUGUAGUGCAUAGAUGAAAAAUAAAAUAAAAUUAUGUGAUCAUCGCAAGUGUAUUGGAUUAUAGCGAAACUGUUUAUAUUUGUGGAGGAUUGUUCUAUUAUAUGACAGCAAAUACGAAUGAUAAGCAAAAAUGACAAGAAAAUUUCUUUUUUGCUUCCCGUUGCGGAUGGGGAACGUUGUGUUUGGCUACAUUGUUAUUAUAAUAAGCAUGGCAGUGGUGGCAUUCAACCUUUAUCAACUCGGCUUGACUGUAAUUUCGAAGGACGAUAAUGAACUAGAGACAAAGUUCAGUAACUUCGACAAAUUGGAAAGUAUAUUUGGCGACGAGAAGAAGGACCUUGUAAGGCUUACAGUGAAAAUUUACUAUCUAACUUACGCUGUGAUUGGAAUGUUACUGUUUUUGUUCGCAUCGUUGUUCACUUGUGGAGCUUACAAGGUUAACAAUUGCCUAGUGACGACAUUCUUCGUGUACAGUUUCUUUCAUUUGUUUUUAACAAUCGGUCUCAUAGUAUGGGAGGCUAUUACUGCAGGAUGGAUUCAACUAGGAUUAAUUUUGCUAUCGGAUUUGCUCCUCAUUAUUUGCUUGAUAAGCGUAAAAUAUUUGAUGGAAGCAAUCAAGAAUGGAAACAUUUACAGCAGGCCGGGUGAAGAGCUUUAUAAAUAUUAAUUGUGUAAAAACAUCAAUUGUCAAGAUUUGAUUUCGUAUUUAUAAUUAAGUAGACGUACAAGAUACUGCCGCAGAAAGAGUGGAAAUGAUCACUAAUUUAUGCCUUAGUGGAGUUUAAACUGCCAGAACUCUAGUAGACGAUUGCUUACGUAAUAUUUAAGAGAUCAAGUGUGCAAGAGUGCAAGAGUUACAUGUUGAUUGUUAACUUUAUGGUGCUAAUAUAUAAAAAGGCUAUUAGAGACAUUCCAUAUUCAACAACGAUCAAUAUGAUAAUAAAAUAUAAAAUUGA